CAACAUUAGUAAGUCGAAACUUGUUCUAAAAUCGAUUUCUGGUAUUAAGCAGGGAUUUGAAUCUACAAAAUUCAACGUAAAUAUAAUGUGAUGUCGAUGAUUGCACGCCCAAAUAGGACGAGAAUUAUUUGUUGGAUAUUUUUUGCUCUUCAAAUAUUAGUGCCUUUAGUUGAAUCAUACAAUUUAAAAUGUCCAUCACCAGCCCACUGGAAAUUUCGGGCGAAAGUACAGUGUAACAGCACCUUAAAAUACUUUUGUUUGUACAACAUUGUAGAAAGGAGGUAUGUGGAAGGAUGUAAUGGACCAGACUGGGAUAGAAGAGGAUCCAAACGGAUUUAUGCCGGGGACUUUAGCAGGGGUUAUUGUUUACAAGAUCGUUUCCAGCCAUUUCGGUUUUGGACCAAUGGAAGCAUGAGUGACUGCAUUUUUGCUAAGUCAAUCUGUAGCGAGGAAGGGCAACUUAUAUAUGAGGACGAUUCAACAAAAGAUGAUCGAGCAUGUCGUUGUGAUCAUAAAAAGAACUAUUCAUUUACUAAAGCUCCAAGAAAUCUGUGUUAUUGUAUACCAUCAGAAGAAGAUUGUUCCUGUAAUAUUAAGUCAUGUCCAGUAAACCAAACACUAUCAGCAGAUUAUAUUUGCAUCCAUAGAAGCCACGACGAAUUACUCAUUCAGAAAUGUAAAGAUAUAAAAGAAUUUAACAAAACCGUCGAUGAAAAAACAGUACGCUGCACGGAAAAUACCCAAUUAUGUUACAGCAAACCAACUUUAAGGUCCAAAUGGCCGGAAACAGCUACAACUACCAUUUUAGUUUGCCUUUGCAUCAUUCAUAUCGUUGUAGGUGAUACAAAUCUACCAUGA